GAAGCCCCUUUCCCCAAAAACUACUAGUCUUGUGCCAGCAUGGAGGUCUGGCGGUCCCUGCUGCUCCUGCUGGCCCUGAAAAUGCUGUGGGCAGCAGGCAACAGAUUUGAGACCCAGAUCAUUGGGGGUCGAGAGGCAGUCCCACACUCCCGCCCAUACAUGGCCUCUCUACAGAAAGCCAAGUCCCAUGUGUGUGGGGGAGUCCUCGUGCAUCGGAAGUGGGUGUUGACAGCUGCCCACUGCCUGUCUGAGCCGCUACAGAAGCUGAGGCUGGUGCUCGGCCUGCACAAUCUCCAUGACCCCCAAGAUCCUCGGCUCACUUUCCACAUCAGGGAAGCCAUUAAACACCCUGCCUACAACCACAGAUACGAGAACGACCUGGCACUGCUUAAGCUGGAUGGGCAGGUGCAGCCCAGCAAGAAGGUCAAACCACUGGCUCUGCCGAGAAAGCCCAGAGCCAGGCCGGCAGAAGGCACCCGGUGCAGCAUAGCUGGCUGGGGUAUGACCCACCAGGGUGGGCACCUGGCCACGGCCCUGAAGGAGUUAGAUAUGCGUGUGCUGGACACCCGAAUGUGUAACAACAGCCGCUUCUGGAACGGUGUCCUUGUGGACAGCAUGCUGUGCUGAAAGGCUGGGACCAAGAGCCAAGCCCCCUGCAAGGGUGACUCUGGAGGGCCCCUGGUGUGUGGCAAAGGUUGGGUGGAUGGCAUCCUGUCGUUCAGCUCCAAGAACUGCACAGACGUCUUUAAGCCUCCCGUGGCCACUGCUGUCGCCCCCUACAGCUCCUGGAUCAGGAAGGUCAUUGGUCGCUGGUCACCGUGGCCUCUGGCCUGAUGUCCCAGAUGAUCUCAGACACCAUUCUUGAUGGCUGGGGCCAGGAAGGUGUGCCUAUGGAGACUAAUAAAUCUUGAUAUAUCUGUUGAGUCCA